GGUGGCUGUGGGGCAAUUGAAAAAGAGCCGGCGAGGAGUUCCCCAAAACUUGUCGGAACUCCGGGCUCGCGCGGAGGGCAGGAGCUGAGCGGCGGCGGCUGCCUGGGCGAUGGGAGCGCCGGCAGGACGGUGAACGUCUCUCCCUCCUCGGGCUGCGAGCGCCGCCACCGGAGCCGACAGCGGCGGGACCCAGCGCGCCGGGGACCGAGGACUUCCCUGGGCGACAGGAGCGGCCCCGAGAGCGAGGGCGACCGGCUGCAGGAGCGACCGCCAGCCCCAGGUGGCCCGGACCGCACGCCGCGUCCGCGCCGCUCCCCACAGGCGACAGGAGACGCCCCCGCGCCGCGCCAGUGCCGCAGCUCGGCCGCGCGCUCUCCCCCUCGAGGGACAAACUUUUCCCCAACCCGAUCCAAGCCCUCGGACCAAACUUGUGGCGCGUCGCCUUCGCCAGGAGCGGUCCGCGUAGAGCGUGCAUUUCUCGGGCGAGAUGUCCGAGCGCAAAGAAGGCAGAGGCAAGGGGAAGGGCAAGAAGGACCGAGGCUCCGGCAAGAAGCCCGCGCUCCCGGCGGGCGGCCCGAGCCCAGCUUUGCCUCCCCGAUUGAAAGAGAUGAGAAGCCAGGAGUCUGCCGCGGGCUCUAAACUAGUGCUUCGAUGUGAGACCAGCUCCGAAUACUCCUCUCUCAAAUUCAAAUGGUUCAAGAAUGGGAAUGAAUUAAACCGCAAGAACAAGCCACAAAACAUCAAGAUACAAAAAAAGCCAGGGAAGUCAGAACUUCGCAUUAACAAGGCAUCACUGGCUGAUUCUGGAGAAUAUAUGUGCAAAGUGACCAGCAAAUUAGGAAAUGACAGUGCCUCGGCCAAUAUCACCAUUGUGGAUUCAAAUGACAUCAUCACUGGAAUGCCAGCCUCCACCGAAAGAGCAUAUGUGUCUUCAGAGUCUCCCAUUAGAAUAUCAGUAUCAACAGAAGGAGCAAAUACUUCUUCAUCUACAUCUACAUCUACAACCGGGACAAGCCAUCUUGUAAAGUGUGCAGAGAAGGAGAAAACUUUCUGUGUGAAUGGAGGCGAGUGCUUCAUGGUGAAAGACCUUUCAAACCCCUCAAGAUACUUGUGCAAGUGCCCAAAUGAGUUUACUGGUGAUCGCUGCCAAAACUACGUAAUGGCCAGCUUCUACAAAGCGGAGGAGCUGUACCAGAAGAGAGUGCUGACCAUCACUGGCAUCUGCAUCGCCCUGCUUGUGGUCGGCAUCAUGUGUGUGGUGGCCUACUGCAAAACCAAGAAACAACGGAAAAAGCUUCAUGACCGGCUUCGGCAGAGUCUGCGGUCUGAACGCAACAACAUGGUCAACAUAGCCAAUGGGCCUCACCACCCCAACCCGCCCCCCGAGAACGUCCAGCUGGUGAAUCAAUACGUAUCUAAAAAUGUCAUCUCUAGUGAGCAUAUUGUUGAGAGAGAAGCGGAGACAUCUUUUUCCACCAGUCACUAUACCUCAACAGCUCACCACUCUACUACUGUCACCCAGACUCCCAGCCACAGCUGGAGCAAUGGGCACACUGAAAGCAUCAUUUCAGAAAGUCACUCUGUAAUCAUGAUGUCAUCAGUAGAAAACAGUAGGCACAGCAGCCCAGCUGGGGGCCCAAGAGGACGACUUAAUGGCUUGGGAGGCCCUCGCGAAUGUAACAGCUUCCUCAGGCAUGCCAGAGAAACCCCUGACUCCUACCGAGACUCUCCUCAUAGUGAAAGACAUAACCUUAUAGCUGAGCUAAGGAGAAACAAGGCACACAGAUCCAAAUGCAUGCAGAUCCAGCUCUCAGCAACUCAUCUUAGAUCUUCUUCCAUUCCCCAUUUGGGCUUCAUUCUCUAAGACCCCUUGGCCUUUAGGAAGGUAUGUGUCAGCAAUGACCACCCCGGCUCGCAUGUCACCUGUAGAUUUCCACACGCCAAGCUCCCCCAAAUCGCCCCCUUCGGAAAUGUCUCCACCUGCGUCCAGCACGGCGGUGUCCCUGCCCAUCAUGGCAGUCAGCCCCUUCGUGGAAGAAGAGAGACCUCUGCUGCUUGUGACAGCACCACGGCUUCGGGAGAAGUAUGACCCCCACCCUCAGCAGUUCAACUCCUACCACCACAACCCUUCACAUGGGAACAACAGCCUGCCCCCUAGCCCCUUGAGGAUAGUGGAAGAUGAGGAGUAUGAAACCACCCAGGAGUACGAGCCAGCUCAAGAGCCUGUUAAGAAACUCACCAGUAGCCGGCGGGCCAAAAGAACCAAGCUCAAUGGCCACAUUGCUAACAGGUUGGAAAUGGACAGCAACGCAAGCGCUGAGGGCACUCACUCAGAGAGUGAAACAGAAGAUGAGAGGGUAGGGGAAGAUACUCCCUUUCUGGGCAUUCAGAACCCCCUGGCAGCCAGUCUUGAGGCAGUACCUGCCUUCCGCCUGGCGGACAGCAGGACUAACCCAGCAGGCCGCUUCUCGACGCAGGAGGAAUUGCAGGCCAGGCUGUCUAGUGUAAUCGCUAACCAAGACCCUAUCGCUGUAUAAAACCUAAAUAAACACAUAGAUUCACCUGUAAAACUUUAUUUUAUAUAAUAAAGUAUUCCACCUUAAAUUAAACAAUUUAUUUUAUUUUAGCAGUUCUGCAAAUAGAAAACAGGAAAAAAAAACUUUUAUAAAUUAAAUAUAUGUAUGUACAAAUGUGUUAUGUGCCAUAUGUAGCAAUUUUUUACAGUAUUUCAAAACAAGAAAGAUAUCAAUGGUGCCUUUAUGUUCUGUUAUGUUGAGAGCGAGUUUUGUACAGUUACUGUGAUUGCUUUUCCACAGUAUUUCAGCAAAACCUCCCAUAUAUUCAGUUUUCGCUGGCUUCUUGUGCAUUGCAUUAUGAUGUUGACAGGAUGUAUGAUUUGCAAGACUUGCAACUGUCCCUCUGUUUGCUAUUUCUAGUAGCGCCCGAUCAGUACGUCUUGUAAUGGCACAUCCAUCCAAAUACUCUUCUCUUUUGUACGAAGUUUUCUUUUGCUUUCAGUAUAUGAAAUGAGUUGUGUCUACUCUGCCAGCCAAAGGUUUGCUUCACUGGGCUCUGAGAUAAUAGUAGAUCCAACAGCAUGCUACUAUUAAUUACAGCAGGAAACUGCAUUAAGUAAUGUUAAAUAUUAGGAAGAAAGUAGUAUUGUGAUUUUUUUAAAAAACUAUAUUCUUAAUCAGAAGACAGCUUGCUCUCACGAAAAAGAGCUACCAUUUGCUUUAUUGGGGUUUAUUUUUCUUGAAAAAGAGCAACAGUUGGGUGGAUAGCAUCGUAAAUGGGUUCUGGCUUGCUGUCGGGGUAAAUCCAUCGUCUUCUAAGAGGACUCCACCUCACUUUCUGGGGGAAUGAUACAGCAGGUCAUCUAGUUGAAAAUCAAACCGUGGCUGAAAAAGGUGCAAUCGUUCUUGACUUGUGUUUUUCACUGAUUGGGGGGCUAGCCAUUGGUUGUGUCUUAUCAGCUCAAGAACAGACAUGUUAGGCACAAAAUGACCAGCUUAAACGGCACACUCAGCAAUCUGAAAUACUUCUGCAGUGAAAUAUGCCUGCCAUAUGCGGUGGUGACUAGUUAUCAUAGGGAAAUAGUUCUGUUGUAGAGUAUCUAGAAGGAGUGAGUGUCUGGAAGGCACAGAUGGAGAAGAGCCGUGUGACUUGGUCGCAGUUUUAAACAGUUCUGUUGACCACGCCUUUCUCCUCAUGACUUUCCUCUUGUUUUUCCAUGUUGCCUCGAUCAGGUCGUAACUAUGCACGAACAUUUUUGUCAGGAAUGGCCAACGUGCAUGUGAUCUGUGAAUAGCAAGAGCCUUCCAAGAGUGUCGAUUCAUCAGGGAACGUUGACAGUGUUGGAAAGAUUGCACCUUUACUUGCAGAAGUGACCCCCCACCUCUGUCCUGACCUCUCGAUCUGCAGCCUGUAUCAUCCAUGUCCUCCCCUUUCUUACCUUUUGCUUUACUGUCACAAAACAGGAUGGAAGAUGGGUCUAAACUUUGCAUGUUCUCUGUGAUUGUAAGUCCAAGGAAGGCCUAUGGGUGUUAAUAUGUGGAACAAACGCUAAUUCAGGAAAAUAAGGAGAUUUAAAAAAAAAAAAUGCAGGCCCUAUUUCAUGCCCUGCCUGAUAUCUGUCAAAUCAGGCUAGAGCUUUACUUAGAUUCCUGGUGACCUCCUGGGAUCCAUGGGACAAAACAGGAAACGGGUCAGCAGGGGGUUCCAAAUACCAGGCGUGAAGUCAACAAGAGCAGCUGCUGCUUGUUUGCAGGUGAACUGGGUUUAGUUCUUCAUCAAAUGUCUAUGUUAAAAUUCUCGGGAAGAAGGGACGUGCAAGGAGUUCGUGGGAAAAUGCGGGCUGGACGCGAGGCAUGUCAUUAAGCAACUUUCAUGUUUCUACAACCCACAGAGAUGUCUGUCUGCAGGUCCUUGAAGUUACUCUUAGUAUUUGGUAUCCUGAACUGUCCUUCAUUACUCACAUGCCACUUUCUCUGUGCUGCUUUCGGGUUGCCCAAGUUAUUCCGAUUUCCCACUUCUGUAGAAAUGAGUAAGCUCGUGGCAGGGGGAAGAGGGCAGCCCACCCAAAGAGGUCCUUUAAAUUAUUAAAUUAAUAUUGCCUUUGAAGGCCUUGGGUCAUUCAGAGACUAUGUCAAUAAAGAAAUUUCUACCAUUAAUGAAAAGUCUAAAAUUUCUGCUGCAAAAAUCUUUGGGCAUUGGAGUAUUCAAAUGCCCCAUUGUGGAGAAUUUCCAGAAUAAAUGAAAUCUUCUGAAACCAACAUUUUCCUCAGUAUGAAAAUUGCUAUCUACAUUUUCAGGUCGCAAAUAUACAGGAACAUUUAGGACAAGAGGAAAUUUUAUUUCCAGCUUGAUUCUGGUCACUCAGAGAGGUGGCAUAUUCUCUGGGACAGCCUUUCCUUCUGGAGAACGAGUUUCCCCUGGUAAGAAAGGCCAGCUGUCUCCUCAGGGCUACCUGCUGCCACCACCAGCUUUGUGUUCAAAUGGACCUCUCUGUGAUGUUUAGUCCGCACAUGGCUCUCAACCAGCCCUGUCUAUAAACCCAGGCGGUGUAGUGGCAAUCCCGCGGAGGGGCGGGAACCCGUGCUCCCAGCAUGUGGCAAGCUUCAGAGGGGUUCCCAGGGAGUGGAAGUUGCCCAGAAGUUUCCUGGGUCUGAAAUCAUACCCCACCGAGGGGUAGGCAGAACUUCUUUUUCUCAAUCCAGAUUCCCUUUCUGUCCUACUCCCCCUUCUUGCCUGGUAUGCCUUUUUUUGUUUGUUUUUUUUUUUCAGGAGUGCCUGGACAGCCUCAUGCUUUCUACAAAAUGGCACUCUGCCUGAGUAUAUGUGAAAUGUGUCCCAAACACCGCAGACCGUAUCCUCCUUGUUUAAGUGUGACUGUCUUGAUAUAGGUGGAGUUUAUCCAGGGUAACUUGCUCAUAAUUAUUCCUUUUUUUGGCCUGAGUUAAAAGGUGCAUGGCUCACAUUGGUGAAAAUAAGGAAGGCCUGGUUUUAUCUUUUAGUACUGGCUCCAUUCCACCAACCCACAGAGAUUUCUAUCUGCAAAGACCCGUGAAACACUGCAGACAAGUGCAGGCGAAAGGAAAUGGCCACAUAUCACGAGUUCUAUUAUAUAUUCUUUUGUAAAUACACAUUGUACGUUACUUGGAUGUUUUCCUAAAUCAUUUACUGUCUUUAUGAGUUAAUGUCAGUUUUUUACUCUCUCAACUUACUGUGUAACAUUGUAAAUAACAUAUUGUCCUUUAUUAUUUAUAUUUAAGCAUCUAACAUAGAGUUGUUUUCAUAUAAGUUUAAGAUAAAUGUCAAAAAUAUAUGGGGUUUUUUUUGUUUUCCUUUGCUUUAAAAUUAUGUAUCUUUUCUUUUUUCUUUUUUUUUUUAAGAAUAAUUUAUUGUUCAGGAGAAAGAAUGUAUAUGUAAUUGAAACUAUUUGAAGAAUGCACAUUUGAAGGCCCUGAGGUACUGAUAAACUAAAGAAUUUAUUAUCCAAAAUACUAAGCAAUAAGUAAUUGUGAUUUAUUUAAAAUUUUGUUCAUUUUCCAUGAAAGACAUACUGCAAUAAAAAUGCUACUCUGUGGAGGCGUGGGAGUGUUGCUCAGCAGACUAAUGUUUCAGUCUGUUAGACCAGCACCUUUCAGCUGACUGUGACAGUUGUAUUAAUUUAGGAAUGUGCCUGAUGGACCCCAUGAUCAUCUCCUCUGUUGCUUUUGCCACACUGCCUGUUCUUUCAUCACUUUCUGCCUGUUGCUUCUGCUCACCACUGUCUUCCUUGUUGAAGGGGCCACAAGCAAGCAAUACAAUGUCUUCUUCCCCUUCUUGCACACCGCCCCUCCCCCCCGCCAAUACGCAAUAACAUAUCAGAGAGGACCUUUAGGGCAUGACUGCCUGGAUCCUAGUUGUUGACAUGUUCUGUAGGGACUGUAAGAGACUUCUUCAGACUAAUGGAAAUGUCAAUGUGACGAUCCCCAGCAGUCGUGAAAGGAAAACAUGUUAUUGGGGUUCAAGUAAUCUGACGGCCAACAGGGCCCAAAAGGCAGCCAUCAGAACCUGGCCAUGCUCAGCUUUCCUGUAGCUUCAGUAAAUUUAUCUUCCAUCAGGCCCAUGAUUUAUUGAUUCAGGCCCACAAUUUAUUGAUUCAGUUUUGAGAGAAGAUAAGGCUAAGUUGGAUUCUUUCCCCUCAUGCUAUCAAUAAAUCAAACGAAAUGCCCAUCUUACUGCUCAGGGAAGGGCCUAUGCAUGAGAAAUUUCCCACAUUCUAAGAUGUAGUCAUAGAAAUGGGGAUAUUACUUUUCUUAUUGAAAUUAGCCUAAACAAAAGCCAUAUUUUAACAAAUAGAUAUUUGCAUGGGUGAUACUUUUUAUAUAUUUCAAGCAAUUUACUCAUUAUUCUAGAUAAGAUUGGGGCUUCUGAAGGAUAUGAAAUAGAGCUCAAGAAUCCUGUGGGGGUACACAGGGGCCUCCGUUGGAGUUUGAGGGCACCCGAUGCUUGCCAUCGAAGUCCAUCUCCAUAUAUGUAUAUGAUUCCUAGUACCUAGUAACAGCUCCACUGGUAUCAUUUCCAGAACAGUGUUAGAUGUCUAAGAGAUUCAGAUAGUGGCCUUUGACUGUACUCGUUAUUAUUUAUAUUAUGAACUUUUCAAAACAAUUCAGAAUCCUCAUAUUAGUGUCGACUUUGGUUUACACAUGCGCACGCCCAUGGAUGCACAUGCGCGUACAAACACACACACACACGCACACACACACACUUCCUAAUACACACUAUCCUGAAGCCACCACAUCAUUUCACUUGUCCAAUCCAGCCAACCAGCCAUUCAGCAAAUGAAGGAGUGCACAGAAUAUGGAAAAAUUGAAGACUGAGACACUUCCCUAUGUCUUCAAGUGGAAGCUGAGGCUUUGCCCAUCCCUCAAACUGAAAACUACAAGCAGCUAUCUCAGUAACGCAGGCUAGAGUCAGCUACCUAACAUAUAUUGGUAUUUGAGGCAGAAGCCUAUGUGGUGGACCAUAGUACAGAGAGAAUGAAGAUUAUCUGAAUAUCUAGAUUAUCACAAUUCUCCAUUCACUUCAAUGCUGUAGACUGGAAUGUCAAACCCAGGCCAACAACAUCUCUGGAGCCUAAUGUCUGGGGAAGACAUCAUUAGAUUUCCCUGCUCUCAGCCCUGAUGAUGAAUGACCAAAGGACCUGAUGUCAGGGAUUGGGGAUUCAGUGAGGCAGUUUGGAAAUCUAGAGAUUUAGGAUGCUGGAGGGAGUGGAAAAUUUUGAUGACCUCAUGUGAAUCACUUUGUAGUCUAUCUUGGGCUUGCCCUUCCUGAAACAGAAUAAAAUAAAUUUAUGGAAACCAUUACUCCAAAAGAUCGACCUGGUAGGCAAGAGAAAUGCUUUCAGUUUAUGUAAGACAGGACAAUCCUGCUGCUACAGUAAACUGCCAUAUUCCUCCCUUUGAGGCUGUAGUGGGACAGAGAAGUCAGACCCAAUCCUGCAUGUCCCUGGGGGCUCCCGUUGACAAACUGAGACUGUCCUUGUUGGACCUCUCAGGUGAGCUGUUGUCUGAGCUUUAGUGAGCUUCAAAACAUCACUUGGCAGGGGGAUAGCAAAUGGAUUUGGUCACCUGGAGGAAACCCAUCAUGACCUACCUGAUAUUUUUAAAAGCAAACCAGAAGAGGGAGACCAGUAAUUCAUAAAAGGAGACAGAGAAUCCUUCCCCCCGUCAAAUGUAUUUAUUGGGACAGAAUUUGAUGGAAGAAGCGAGUCUCUUCCCACCCCACAACAUGCCAAAAGGGCUAGAGAAUUACCUUCAUAGAUACAAAAAUCUUUCAUAGCUUAUGUACAGGUUUGCUUAUAUGCAGAGAAAUAAUCUAUUAUGCGUAAGUAAUAUUUUAUAAUAUUUUAUGGCUUAAAACAUCCUUUUCAUUUAUAAUCCUCUUAAACCCAUGGGAUGUUGCUAUGAUAAAUAGUGAGGAAAUUUUAGGUUCAGGAAAGUUAAAAAUGUUUCCUGGAGCUACACAUGUGGUAAGUGGCAGAGGUAACACUUGUACCCAGGCUUUCUGACUACAACUCCUUUUUCUACCCAUUGCAUGCCUUCCUUCCCCACUCCAGACUCAACGAAGGCUGCCAUUUUCAGCCUUUCAUUGCCUCAAGACAAGUUCCAUCCAAAACCAAGUUUCUAUUUGAAAGAAUAUGAGCUCCUCUGGCUUUGGUUUAGAGUUACUCUAGAACCCAAUUUGCUUGACUUAGUGACUAUGCACUUUUUUCCUAAACAUAGCUUUUUAAGGAAAUGAAGUGUAACUAUGGGAAUGAAUUCACAAUUUCAAUGUGUAGGUAGCAUCCAGCAGUGAAAUGAGGAGGGGCUUAUAGGCAGCACUGUUCCCACCACUUAGCAGCUUGGCCCGUUUGAACAAUUUCCCCCUCCAAGCUUAUUUCUUGCUCACUAUUAUGGGAAUCCAAGCGACUUUACAAGGCUGAGGUGUGUAAUGAGGAUUACACUUGAACACAUGUAAAGAAGCCAUACAUGUCUAGCAUAUAGUGAAUAUCCAAAGGCUACCUUCUCUUUGCUCCUUACCCCCCACUUUAUGUUCUUAAGUAUUGGAGCUUGUGUUUCUCAGUUCCAAAUGACACACUCUAUAUCACACAAGCUCAUCAAAUAAACAUAUUUGAGCAUUUCUCCUAUCUCAUGCCAAUAGGCAAAUUCACUGAACAGCAUUUAAAGUUGUAACUUAAAUAAGUUCUUUAUUUUAUGUUUGCUUCUUGUGUAGCCACACUGUUUCACAUAAAGUCCGUAAUUUUUAAAGGCUUAUUGCGUGAGUGUUUCAUUAUAAUUUCACAGAAAUUUACUGAAACAUACCUCUUUGUAGAGUUUUCAGAAUACCAUUUUCAAACUUCAUUGCAAACAUGUAGUAAGACAAGCAAAACACGAUCCUAAAUUGAUAGGAUAUCUUUGCACACCCAUUUUCCUUCGUUUGCACCCAAGAUGUCCUGGCAUGUUCCUCUUUUUUUUUUUUUUUUUUUUU